CUACCCAGCGAUGUCGUUCACUUUUGAGUGGCCUCGCUUCUCCGAGCAAUUUCACACCCAUGCUAUCCAGAUGCUCAACAAUGCCCUUAACAAAGGAAACAAGCCGCCAGUCAUUGCAGACAAGAUUGAAGUCGUGGAACUGGAGAUGGGCACCCAGGUACUGGAACAGUUUCGCGGCAUAUUCAGAUUGACAUAUAACGGCGAUGCUCAUAUUGUGCUGAAAACCAAGGUUCAGGCUAAUCCCCUGAACCAUAAACAACCCGACAUCCACCUUAUGACUGGUUCUAGGGGCAUGCUGGCUGCGAAAGAGCCUCUAGUCGUACCCAUGCUCCUCCGCCUAUCCCACUUCAGACUUAACUCCUACGUAGUCCUUGUCGUUUCAAAACAGAAAGGCAUCACGCUCGUCUUCAAGACAGACCCUCUCCAGAAUGUAGACAUCAACAGCACGUUUGAUUCCAUCGCUGUCAUUCAGAAGUUCAUCCAGCGCGAGAUCGAAGGGCAAUUGCGCCAGAUGUUCAGAGAGGACCUACCAGGCAUCAUACAUCGUCUGAGCCAGCAGUGGAUAAAGGCGAAAGUGGAAGCACCCUACUUGGACAAACGACCUCCUCCGGUGAUUCGGCGGCCGUUCGAUACUGCGUCUGCGCCGGAUCUGUCUUAUCUAUCUCCUGGGUUUGCAGCCGCAGGUCUUCACCCUUCCUUUCGCCGUCCACCAUCACUUGUGGGUGGCCGUGCGCGCUCUAUUUCUGGCGUCUCUGUCACAAAUUUACCGCAGAGGACGGCGUCCAGUCUCAGGUCUACUCCGCCAGCUCCAGCCAGUGGUUCUCUACCUGAAAUAGAGAACUUCGAUCCCACAUAUGGCCUUCGUCCCGAGGGUCUCCCCACAAAGAGCGUGUUCACCAGUUUCGGACAGUUGUUUAGGCAGGACAAGGGCCUCGCGGAUCUCACGGAGGAACCGUCAGAGGGUGACGAACAAGGAGAACACGAGUCAUUCGAUGCCUUGGACUGGGACGAUACGAUUCCUGAUUACUCCCCACCUCCGAGCGUCUCUGAAGAAUUGGAACCAGUAACCGAGUAUGAAACAAUACCUGCAGUCGGAGGCGGAACUAUCACGCGCCCUAGAGUAUACCACUCCCAGUCGAUGAUACAACCUCCCUCCGAAGUCCCUAACGCUGCGUCCGAGGCCGAGAGCGCGUCAUCCUUUGCGAACCUUCUCCAGCGGGCUGGCUCCUCAAAGCUAAAUUCGACGUUGCCACACCCAGCUUCCCGAAUGAGACAUUCCCAUCAUGCCUCGAGCUAUCACUCCUUUGAAGAAGGCCUGUACGGUUAUGGAGAGCGAUAUCGCCCGCUCUCCGCCCCUCCUCUUGAUUUCGCACGACCCCCGUACCUAAAACACUCGCCGGGUAAAAGCGAUACGUACAUGUCGCGGUCUAGCAGCGAGCUUUCACAUUCUGUAGACACACCAUCCUCUCCCGAAGUUCCCCCGCCCUCCCACUACCUCGAUGCCAAGUCUCAUCGUCGUCUCUCUGUAUCAUCGUCAUACGGUUUCGAUGCUUUCCACUCCGGCUCCUCACCAAAGUAUCACACCCUUUCAGAAGCUGAUCCCAAAAUAGUCCUUCGCCCCACUCUCAAUAACACUGUCCACCAACUCUCCACUCUCAGCCAUUCGAAUCAUACCUUAUCGCCGUACACGCGUUCUUUGGCACACUUCACGGUACGCAGCGUCCCGCCGCGAACUGUCAACGCUUCCGGAGUAAAAUUACCUCCUGAACGUCGACCCACUAAAGCCAGACGUAAGCGGACGUACCGUAUCGGUGGACUGAAGGCAGGCGCAGAACCCGAGCCCCCACCGCCCACCUCACCACCAUCGCCUGCUCCGCCUUCCGAAUUCGAUCAGGCCGAUGUGGACCAAUACUUCCGCUUUCGUGAUGAUUUUACCCCUCUGCCUCGGGAAUCCAAAACACCUUCUCUUCGUGAUCAUCAUCAGCAUCGCGACCUACGUCGACGACGGCCGCAUUAG